AUGAAUAACACCCCCAAAGCCAAGCCAACAUGCAAAUUAAGCGCGCGCUUACGAAUACCGCCAGAAAACUUGGCGUUAUUCGCAGUGGGCCGCAAAAGUGGCUCCUGUUCUGUGGGAUUAUUCAUCAACAAUAAAAUAUAUUUAGAUAAGAAAUUAUUCUUUAAAGAAAACUCCUGGGAUUAUAAAAUAUACAGAUAUCCCGCUAUCAAGUCCAUAUACAAGCAAUUACUCAUACAGUCUGGUGAUCAUACCAGUACCGACGGUCUUUCCAGACUCUCUGAGGUUGAAUCUUUGACCAGUUUCCAGAGCAACAGGACUGAACAGCUCAACAAUCAUCUCAACAUUGUCUCCUGGCAUGACCUGCUUGGAGUGAUCCUCCUCGGUCUCUGGGAACUUCAAGGUGACACUGACGUUGGUGGUUCUCACAAACAUCUGUGGCUUGUAGUUCUCACUGAAAGGAGUGUGUCUUCCACCUUCCUCUUUGGUCAAGAUGUACAUGGAAGCCAAGAACUUCUUGUAUGGCUUCAAAGAACCAACCUUGGAAGCAAUCAUACCUCUUUGGAUCUGCUCUCUCUUGACACCUCUCAACAAGAUACCUGGGGUGUCACCGGCCAUGGCCUGGUCAAGGUCCUUGUGGUACAUCUCGAUACCGAUAACAGUACCUCUACCGGAGAUGGAGAACACCUCAUCAACAGGCAACAGGAAUGGUUGCUCGAGAUCUCUAACUGGGGUUGGGAUGUGCUCGUCAACAGCAGCCAUCAACUUCUCAAUGGCCUGUUCACCAAUCUCUGGUUGUUUUCCUUCCAAAGCACACAAAGCAGAUCCCAUGAUAACUGGAGUUUCAUCUCCGUCGAAACCGUAAGAAGCCAACAAUUCUCUCAUUUCCAUCUCAACAAGCUCCAACAUCUCUGGGUCAUCGAUGGUGUCAACCUUGUUAACGAAAACAACCAACUUCUGGACACCAACCUGUCUGGCAAGCAACAAGUGCUCUCUGGUCUGAGGCAUCUGUCCGUCGGUGGCGGCAACAACAAUAAUGGCACCGUCCAUCUGAGCAGCACCGGUAAUCAUGUUUUUGAUGUAAUCUUGAUGGCCUGGACAGUCAACGUGCGAGUAGUGUCUGUUCGGGGUUUCAUACUCAACGUGAGCAGUGGAGAUGGUGAUACCUCUGGCACGCUCUUCUGGAGCCUUGUCAAUAGAAGAGUAGUCCAAGAAGUUGGCACCUCCCUUUUGGGAAAGAACCUUGGUGAUGGCGGCGGUCAAGGUGGUCUUACCGUGAUCCACAUGGCCAAUGGUACCAAUGUUGACAUGGGGCUUGGAUCUGUCGAAAGUUCCCGCGUAUCUCACAAACGAGUUGGACACGGUCUUGGAAGCAACCCGUGCACCAGACAUACGGCCGAUCUUCAGCGCUGGCAGCGCUCUAGCAACCAGAAUAGACAUUUUUUGCAAUCCAAAAUAUGGUUUGCGAUGCUUUCCAAUUCUUUGGCAGCAGAUUGGACCCGUUCAUCUUCACCGAGCGACGAAAGAUGGCUCAAAGUCGUGUCCAAUAGAGCAGAAACCCGUUUCCCCUUGAACGCUUUCAAUUGGAUGGUUUGUCCGUUGAUCUUGCUGACCUCGUCUCUCAGUUCACUAAUCCGUCUGAACUUAUCUGCCACCAUAUGCUCGUGCUUGGAGGUGUAG